AUGCCGGGCCUGGGCUUCGACCUGUUUGGGAGACGUCUGGGACGGGGAAAGGGCUUCUACGACUCCUACCUGGAGCGCUGCAGCAGGCACCCCAGAGGGAAGCCCUACACCAUCGCCCUGGCCUUCAAAGAGCAGCUGUGCCAAGAAAUCCCUGUCGACGACAACGACAUGCUCAUAGACGAAGUCCUGUACGAGGAUAAUUAG